UUAAGAGCUAACUAAUUCCUAUUCUGCUUUAAAGUAGUAGAAUGUAGACUUAUUAUUGCCUUUGUAUAUUGGUUUAGUAAUUUCGUGGUUUCCUGGAUGAUUCGUAUGAACAAAAAAGUAGAAUAAAGCAUAUCUAACGUAGUUUUUCGAUUUAAUGCUUAUAUAAACAGCAAUUCUUGAACUUCUGUCGUGAAGAGCCUUUUUAUGGCUUUGUGAAACAAAUAACUGUAGCGUUUGUUUAUAUGCUUCAUAUUAGAGCGAGAGAUCAUAAGGUUUGUUAUCCACCGGCUUUAAUUGUGCGCGCUGUUAGGUUUUACUGUUGGUUUUUCAUGGAUAGUAGAUAGUUCGUUACUCACUUUUAAUGUAUCCUUCGCGAAUUUCUUCUUCUUCUCAAAGCAACCAGCAUACAAAAUUUUCUGUCCCGGAAGCUUGUGACAAAAUAAAAGAUGAGCUUCUGGGUCUACAAACUCAGUACCACAGUUUAAAAUGUGAGUUCGAAAAGGCAGUUCAGGAAAAGUCCGAGCUACAACGUCACUACCUGCUGUAUUAUGAGAUAACUUAUGGACUUAAUGUCGAAAUGCACAAACAAAUGGAGAUUGCGAAACGGCUGAAUGCUAUCCUAGUGCAAGUCAUCCCAUUCCUAUCUCAAGAGCAUCAAUCUCAGGUUGCUGCAGCAGUGGACCGCGCAAAGCAAGUUACUUUGUCGGAACUUAGUAGCAUCAUAGGGCCACAAAUGGAUGAGUCUAAGGGCCCGAAAUUCCUGAAUGGUACCGUUGGUUCCCCGUUUGACCAAAUGGACUUUUUUAAGACUAUGCAACAGCAACAAUUACUGAUGAAUUCUGGAUCUGGAGGACUAAAUAGUGGGUUCCCACACAGUCUCAUUCCACCGUCGUUAGGGCAGUUACCAUCCGAUAAUCCCGUUCUACCCAUAAGCGGCUCCAGGGGAGGAGCUCAAUCCACUCCAUCUUUAACUAGCCUAAGUGGGCUCAAUGCACCUCCAUGCACUGGAAUUAACAGUUUGAAUAGUGGACUCCCAGCUCUAAAUAACAAUACUGCUAAUAAUUUGCUUUUACCUCCCAAUCCAUUUCUACCACAAAUGACCAGUUCAGUUACGCCCCCAACUACAAAUACUAAUCCUGUUGGGAAUCCUAGCAUUUCUGGUGUUCAGUCAUCCCUUUCUGGUAUCCCAGGUCCUAAUAAUCCGGCUUUCUUUUCUGGUCUUGCCCAAUCUCACCCGGCAGUUGCAGCAGCAAUGGCUGCAGUAGCUGCUGCAGGAUUCCCUCCUGGUAGUACGAAUGCUACUAUGAAUCAGUUAUCCAGUGGCUUACUUAGCAACAAUAGUCAUCCUUAUUCUCAAAUCCCUGCUCAUAUUAAUAAUAUACCAACUUCAUUUCCUCCUGGAACUAGCAAUAAUCUAGUGGGUGCUUCAUUGCCAUCAUCUAUAUCCUCUAAUGCAUCUUUGGCGACCUCAUCUUAUCAUGGUCCUUCUGCUUCUGGGGCGCAUACACCGUUCUCACCCACCUCUACUUCUCUUUCUAACCCGAAUGCUCCAAGACCAUUAAUGUUCCCAAUGGAUGGAGUGACUGGUCAACCACCGUUUCCCCCAAUGAUAUCUCCAGCUGCACUAUCUGCCAUUAUUAGUGACAAGAAUUUAGAUGAAAAACAAGUAAGUCUGGUUAAGGACUUUUAAACAAUUUGUUUUCUCUUUUCAGUUUUCAGUUACGAAUUCCUGGCAUUCUAAUUAUUUGUCUUACAUCCAAAGUGCAUUUGUAUAUUAUUUGUAUUUUUCAUUUCGUUACCACUAUGCAGCACAUCUUAGGUUUAUUUUGACUCCUACCUCAUUUAUUCAUCGUCUACUCACUCAACCUCUUUUCAAACCUGUAUGUUCGGGAAAUCCUCCAGCUUUUUUCUUAGUAUGAUCACUCGAAUCUGGAUCCCAGUUGUUUAUACCCUGCUCCUACUAUCCAAGCCUGAAAUACUUGGUAAAUCCCUCAUUCUUAAAAUAGCUUAUUUCUCAGUUUGGUGCACAAAGUGUAACAUCAUCAUCAAGGUUAUUUUCGCCAAUAACUCUAGAUGCUUCAGUGGUAUUUUCGAUGUUUUAUCUUAAUGAGUAUAUCGUAAUCAUCAAAGUAACUUCUUGGUAGUCAUUUGAAUUCGGUAAAUACCAUCUUUAGACACAAGUACAGAUCAUUGAUACCAAGUAAAUUUUACGAACAGGUAGACAUUCUUUCCGUAACGGAUCUUUAGAGUGGAUAACUCCCUUCAGUUUAGUUCAAAGAUGAAAAUUCAGUGGUUCGUUUAAGAAUAAAUUAAAAAAGCAUCCAGUCAAGUAUUGAAUAAAUUUUGAUCCCAUGGUCAUCUUGGAUGACUUCGAGUCUGUUUUAAAAACGACAGAGGUCUUUACAAAGCUUACGGAAAAGACAGAUGAGUCGCCGAUGCUUCUGUCAAGUUAAUUGAUGUUUAGAACAAUAAAAUCAAAAUAUGACUUGAACACUGAAACACGACGUUUACACAAUAAUAGUAAACUGCAGUGAGCUACGAGUGAAAAGCUGACAGAUAAACCAGUGACAACAGAUGAUGGUAUACAGUUUUUAGGUUUGUCAAAAGGGAUGGGGCCAUAAAGUCAUCAGCUAGGUGAUCUAUCUCUGAAAAAGGUAGAAUGUUGAUCUACUUUCGAAUCGGGUAAUCAGAAUGAAUGGAUAAAACAUCUUGACACAUAGUACAGCCACUUUUAUUGUUAUAAACAUUUUAUGAACAAUCUGAAUAGGAGAUUAACAUCAAUUUUAAUGUUAUUUCAUGUAACUGAUCUCAGUCGUUGCUGCCUUAAUUAACUAGAAAGUUUUUUUAAAAACAACAGAAAUCAGCUUAUUUAACUUUGUUUCUAGUCUGGUAGUUUCCAUGAUAUAAUAUUUAGCAAGAAAUUUGGGGAAACCAUGUAAGUUUCACGUCUUUUCAUUAGUGUAUCCAACAAGAUGUUUUAGAUCAUUUGUCAUAACUGAACAGCAUCCUAAAUAAACACAUCACUCUGUUUUUAAUUUUUAACCCAAAUAAUCUGUUGAAUUGGGACUUAAAGCCAGUCAACAUUUAAAUUGACGGCAUCAAAUUAUAUCCUUCAGUGGGUGGGACACAAGUACUUGAUCAUACGUAGCUUCGAAUAACUUUCCACACUUACUGAAGUCACCUACUUAGUAUUACUAAAUUCACGCCCAGAGUACUAGGUUAAUGUAGUUAACUGGUGGAUAAAGUUGUAAACUUAAUUGGUCUAAACCUGUAUUAUUCGGGCUCUUACCCGUUAAUAAAGGUGCGAAAUUCCCGGUUAUAGUCUGGGAGAUAAUCUACGUCUGGAAGUCUCCACUGAUACUACUCGAUUGGUUUCGUUUUUAACUCCCUCUAAGUGUUUCCAUUCCUUUCAUCCUAUUAUUUUGAGCACUUUUAUUGUCGCAGGCAUUAGAUCGUUGCCUUCAUAUGUUUGCGUUUUCUAAUGUUGUGGCAGUUGAUAUACUACAGAAUAAACCCCCGUAAUGUUUAUUACAAAGUUAUUUUGCAAUUCAGUUAUGUUAGGAAUAGUCUCUAACUAUAUUGAGAGUAAGGAAGUUACUUACUAAUGAUAUUGAAUGAUCGUUGCUAACUGAUUGAAUUUGACAAUGUACACUGUUCCAUAUGACUCUAUGGGUUUGUACUACUUAGAUGUCCCGAACUAGGUAUGUGCACCUUUCGCUUUCAACUAUUCUUUAGUUAAAAUUAGUCCGAGGCAAAAACGUACUUCAGAAUGGACAAUCUCCACAAACCGCUAUACUUUCUUUAUCUCUCUAUACUGUACUCUAUAUGUAUAGAACUGAUUUUCAGGCAUACAAUAUAUAUGAUUUUUAUUAUAACCCACUUUCAAUUAUCACGAUAUAUAGUUGUUAAACAUGUUUAUGUUUAAUGCUUUGUUGAUUGUCAUCGAUGUUUGUGUGCUUGUUUGUUUGUACGUGUUCGUUCAUUUGUGUAGUUGUGUACGUCUAUAAUGCUAUACAGAUAUUUCUGUGUGUGACUACCUAGAACAACAUGUAAAAUUGUAUGUUAAUCAGAAGUUCACAUAUGUAUGUUAUUAAUAUAUGCACACAAAAACCUAACAACUGUUGACAAUACUUUAUAGAUAAUAGGGCGUUUGUUCUCUCAAGUGUUGUGUGUAUACUAUUCAUUUGAUACACUUUUUCUUCACUUAAUAUGAGAACUAAGGAACUUACACAAUGCAUUUAGGAUGUGAUAAUAUGAUUUUAUUCAAAGAAUUAUCCAUUUGGACAUAUCUCGUUUUCCUCUCUUUAUGUUGUUGUAUUUGCAUUGAACUAUAUAUCGCUUAUUGACUUUAAACUAUUCAGAAUUUCUAAAGUAUGAAAAAGUUCCUUUUUCAUAAUUAAUAUGCUGCUAUUGUAUCUUAUCCUAGUCAGUGAAAUCUUUAUUUUUCGGUUUGAAAUUCAACGUUAAUUAUUAUGCUGGUAGAUAUCAUUAAACAGAGGUAGAUAAUUAAUGUUAUUUGAGCUUCUUUUCAAUUUUUAUUUUGCGGUUUAAUUAACUCCAAAUGCCAAUUUGGGAAUCGUUUCGUUUGACAUCCUAUCGUUUUUUUUAUGAUUUCACAUGGACGUUAGCGAAUUUAUUAAAGUCUGAGUAAUUAAAUUCUUUUUUCUUUGUAAUUGUACUACUGUUUGUGUUCAUGAUGACUAUCAAUAAUAUGUAGCAGUUGGAAAAAAACAUGUUCUAAAUCCAUAGUAGAAAUUCGGUUAUACAGUCUAAAAGCUAUGUAGUUUUUUAUGAAUGCAAUCGUAAAACAUUAACUAAUUACUAGUCAAUGUAAUGGUGACAUAUAUCAGUUCAAGCUGUCACAACAGUUGUGGAGUUCUAGUAAGCCAUACAAUAAUAAGUAAACAGAAUUGCAACAAAACAAGGAGGGUUAAAACCAUAUCCUAGCGGGUUGAAGAGCUAACACACCUACUUACGUUGACAUACAUUUCUAUUGACGGAAGAACUGUCAAUUUAUGUGUACAACUGAGUAUUUUUGUAACAACCUCUUCUAUAAUGGGUAGACACCAUACGCUUUCAGGGUGUGUGUGACUAUCUAAUUGAUGACUGUCAUUAUUCUCCUUACUAUUUUUAUUGACUUUUUCAGUAACCAAUUUUUUUCCUUUUUGUAUUACCACUCACUCACACACUUAAUUCUGUUUGUUUUCUAUAUGAAAACUCUCUCCUCUUGAGAAAGACAAAAAAUUAUCGCUCCUUUGGCACAUAUAUGCAAAAAUAAUCUUAAACAUCCAUAAUCCUAUUUGUUUGGGGUGUGUGUAAUAUAAUCAUAAUAAUAUAACCUAUGUAAGGAUUUUAUAUACAAUAAACAUCAUGUUUUAUAUGUCAUAUAGACCAGUGUAUGUAACCACCACCCUUGUUAUAAUAACCUUAACAGUGUUGGGGUGGUUAUUACAGUGAAAAUAUAUACUUCACGUUCUACAUUAUAUUCAUCUCUGUUUGCAAUGCAUUUACUAUAUGAGCCUCCGAUAUUUUCUCCGUCUGAGCCUCCAAGCCUAUUACGCCUGUCUAUACUGCUAUCGUUUCUUUUGUCUUUGUAUUUAUUUUGAAUGUUAGACAAACAGACACGUUUGAUGUGUUAAUUGGCCUGUCAUUUUGUCGCUCUCUCUCACCAUCGUGGCUGUGAACGUGCUUUUCCGAGGCAUGAAGUAAAUGUUUGUAAUUUGCAACAAAAACACCUGUUGUCAUUUUACUGCUAGCUAUCCUAGACGUUGUCAAACAAACCUAUUAUUAAAUUCAUUUUGUAUUGUUUGUUCGAAUCAUUCUAUUGAUGUUUAGAACUGCAAUUGAUCAGUCUCUUAUUGGUGUAUGUGCAUCAUGUACGGAUUGCCUCGAUAUUGCCUUCAAUCACAAGCAUUAUAAACAAAGAUGGAUGGUGGUUAGCAGUGAAACCCAGGACCGAUUGAUUGCAGUCCUAAAUAUCAAUAGGAAGAUUCAAACAAACAAUACAAAAUGGAUUUAAACUUCAUCUCAUUGCACAAGUCUGUGGCUAUCAGGACUUAUUACCUAAGUGGAUAGCUCGACAGCGAUCGAAGCGAACGGUACUGAGUUUGAAUCCCGGAGUAGACAACAACUAGUAUCCAGGUACAUCCAUCUAACGAGUCCUAAAUACGACAGAAAGCGCGUCCUUGAUUCCACUGCUAAUCGCCAUCUAUCUUUGCUCAUAAACAUAUUGUCUGUGAUUAUCAACUACUAAACUGUUCCUUUGUAUCCCAACAUAUAUAGCUAAAUAUAAAUUAGGGUCAAACUCAUGGCGAAGGCGAGAUAUCCGUCUAUCAAUUAAGGGACGAGUAUACUGCGUGGCAGUUCGUUCUGUUCUAUUUUACGGCUGCGAAACGUGGCCAUUGAGAGUAGAAGAUACACGUAAGUUACUAGUAUUUGACCACAGAUGCCUUAGAAAUAUUGCUCGCAUUUGUUGGGACUACCGGAUAAGUAAUAGUGAGGUUAGACGCAGAUAUUAGGUAUUGGAGGUAAAUCAGUUGAUGAGGUUGUGAAUCAUCAUCGACUGAGAUGGUUUUGCCACGUGUUACGUAUGCCUGAACACCGAUUACCAUAACACUCAAUGCAGACUAGUAUUGGGGAUGGCUAGAAGAAAGUCAGAGCCCACCAAACAAAACGUGGCAUCAGUGCUUGAAGUCAUUAACUUCUGGUCUGAGUCAUGUUUGUAGAUGCAGACCACUUGGUUGGGGUCCGCGUGACUAUCGUAACCAAUGGUUAGAGACUGGGUGACAUGGCUCAAAAUCGAUCACAAUGGCGUCGGUGUAUACACUCUGUCUUCCUUUAAACUAUGAGAUUAAAAUUGCUUUAUAUCUUUCUUUCUACGAACUAAUUCUUUCUUACUGUACUAUAUCCUUAUAUGCAAUCUUUCCUUUAUAUAUUACACCAUUGACUUAAUUGCUUCUAUCAAUCUGGUGUUCAUCUUGUUGUGCUAAUGAGGUGUGGCAACUUGGACCGAUGCACAUACAUGCAUAGUCCAACGUUGUAGCUGACUGAUUGACAAACUUAUUAUAAUGAAAAUUGCAAUCAAACUUAUCUUCAUUUCACUGAAUCACGGUUUAUUACAAAAAAAUGUAUGUAGAAUCUUAUUAACAAUCAGUUUCAAAUCAUUGGGUUCAGAAUCCCAUAUUGUACUAUAUGUAUGGUGUUAAAUAAAGCCUUUAUUAUUAUUUACUCUUAAGCAAACAUUUGUUGUGCAUAAUUUGGAUCUACUAAGUUUCACACGUAACCCAACGAUUACAAUGGUAACAUACCUGACGACAGGCAGUUUUUGUGUUAGUGGGUGCUUUUGGGAUAUCACACAUUCGAUACAGUGCGAAUUGUUAACAAGAAAUAUUACUUUAGAAUUCUACAGUCUGAUUUAACUACUCUAUACGACCGUGAACACAUGAUCAAUCCCUGUUCAUAUGUAAGAAAUCAACUCAGUUAUAAAGCCUGUUCAUCAAUCACCGAAUCAAUAUACGAACAAUUUAAAUGUAUUCACAGAUAGACAAAUUGCCUUAAAAAAAUAUGUGUAAGUGUGGUUUCAGUUUGAGUGAAUUAUUCACGCUUACACUUCUUACUGGUCAUGUGACCUUGUCUCAUUAAGUAACUUGAUUUCUUGCCCAGUAGAUUAGCUCCAAAAUUCAUAUUUCCUAUAAUUGUUCAAGAGUAUAAAUAGUUGGAGUAAUAACAUAUUUCUGGAUUUUCUUUUACUAUCGUUAGAUGACCAAUAAUAAUUCAAUGUUCACGUUAAGUUCUCAUCAGCAGUUAUCUUGCUAUUUGGGCUUGGCAAAUUUUCUAAUAACAUUCCGACUAAUAAGUCAUGUGAAAAUUGUUCACAGACGAGGUUAUAUAUAUAUAUAUAUAUAUAUAUAUAUAAUUUACUGACCAUCAAAUAGUUCUUGUUGUUACGUAAGCACCAGGACACAUCUGUAGGAUUUUGCAUUCACCAUUAGUCAGUUGACAUUUGGAUUAAAUCGAUAAUUUGUCAAAGCAAUAUUUUGAGUAAUUAGUUUCACGUUUCUUUACUAAGAUUCGUUUUUCAUGAUCAGUCAGAUUUUCAUUUGUUUUGGUAUGUUAGCUUUCCGUAAUCUAUGGUAAGAUGUAGCUGUGUGUUCUAUGUUUAUGAAGAUAAAAACGAAAUCCUUUUUUAAUUUGUUAUCAAUAGUUCUGCCUAACGCGCCCAAACUUUCUAGAUGGUAUGGCAGUGACACAGUUUUUUUCAAGCUUUAACAUAUACGUCCCGGUGUAUUUUUUCAUUAUAAUUUCAUCCUCUUCAUACCUUUCGUAAUGUGCAUUUAGCAUCACUGAUUUUCAAUAGAUUUCAACUGUCCAACGAUCUGAGACCUUAGCUCUUUCGAUUUUAUACAUACUUUUCACCAUUCCAAUGGUAACAAUCUUUUCGGUUACGUUGAGAGCUUGUAGCUUUCACAUCUGUGUUUGGGUGUGGUUAUAAUCCACCCUCACCAAGUUUCACACGCUUCUUAUUUCCGAUACAUUUUGAUGUCUGACUUCACUCUCCCAACCUCUUUCUAUCUCUAUUUGACCAGCUUUCUUAUGGGAUGGGGUGGGGAUCACGGUAUGUUCCUGUCAUGGGGUGGUGAGAAUGAGACAUACCAUGAUUAUUAGGGUGAUAGAAUGCCUAUCCGCGUGCCGUCGAGGCCAUUCAACUAUCUAUUGUAUAGUGGGGUGGUGAUAAAAUGAAUAUUAAGGUAAUAGUGUGGUGGUGGUGGUAGGUUUGGACGACCACAAAUUAAUUCACUCUCUAUGAGCCUCUUAUUAAAAUGGAAGGCUUAUCGAGAGCUUUUAUAUGCUAUUUGUGUCAUAAGGAGGGAUAGACAGACAACAACUAUGAUGCUGAAUGUUAGUUUUUUUGUUUGCUACAUCAUACAUUGUAUGUCUGGGACGGCAGGCCGUAUUUAUAUAUGUUGUGAUUAUUUUUUCUUCGUUGAUGAUACGCAAAACAUAACAGUAAAAAAUUUAAGUUAUUGAAACAAUUAAUGUUCACUGGAUAAGAAGUGUUUGUCUUGUCCUAGUAGUUUAUAUUUUGCACUACUACUUUGGGUGCAAUUCAUGGAUGCAUGUGUUUGAAUACGGGUUUAAAUUACAGAGACCUGUGUAGAUGGGUGCAUUCGGCAAGCCAUGAUUAUAAUUUCCAGUCGUAUUAGUUGUAUCGUAAUAAAAUUUUACAUUACAGUUUCAUCCAACAUGUGUAAUGGAUUUCCUCUGCUAUGGCCUUGAUCUAAAAAUUUGAAAUUAUUCAAAACAGUUGUGGGUAUUUUCUUUUAGUGGUGUAUAUGUUUUGAUCUAGCCAUUCUAGAGUUAUUCACUUUCUAUUCUCGCUAGCUUUUCAAAAUGAAUGAUGAUUAGAUUUUAUGUAUCACACAUUCUGUCAUCUACUGUUUGCGUAACUUGGAUAACUAUGCAUAAUACUAAUGAUUCAAUAUACUUGUAUGGGAAUUUUAACUCUAUGAUAGGUCUAAUCUGUUUCUUGUCUCACUAUCACUGAUAUUUAUUGUUUUUUAUUCGUGUGGUCGUGUUACUUUCUCUUCUCUUUGUGUACUGUUAGACUUACAUUAUAGAUUUAAGUUUGUAUCGGUUAGCCGAUUUCUUUAUGAAUAGCUAAAUUGAUAAGAUAUGAAAGAGUAAUCAUCUUAUCACCACUUAUCAAUUCAUGUUUGUGCCUAGUCAUCAAUUCAUUAGUUGAUUAAAUUGUAAACUUGUCCUAUUUAGUGUGUUACGCGUAUUCUAUGUCAUCUUUUAUUUUAAUUUUCAAUGUUGACCUAAUUUAAGGUGGAAAUAUUCUUGUAGCUAAACCAAAUUAUUCCACUUUUCCAUGAUAGUUUUGGUCUAAUUUGUUUGGUUUUACCGCAUAAAGAUUCUGAAAAAUGGAAAAUUAAUGGUUAAUGACUUUUCAUACUAUACCGAUCAUGGUUACGGAGAUGGAUGCCUUCAAGUAUUAAAAAUCUGAUUUUACUCUCUAUUCACCAUAAUUUGGUGGUUUUUGUAUUUAUACUCAGAUUCGUGUUUUUAAUACGUUUUAUAUUAGUUUUUAGGCAAAAAUUUGAUAUUUUCACGCAUGGUUACUUGUUUCUGUCUGCCAUCGACUUGUUAAACAUAAUUAAUUUUUCUCCUGAAGUAUAAACGUUUCAUUGUUCUUUUCAGAGAACAGCAGCUGCCGCGGCAAUGGCUGCAGCGAUGGCCGCAGCUGCCGCCGCUUCACAAGGUGGCCCACCAGGAGCUUUUGGUCUACCGUUGAACUUCGGGUCUAAUAGUCUAUCAGGGUCUUCACCAAUCGAUGCGCAUAAUUUAAUGGCUACGAUGGCUAGUUUUGCUGCUGCCCAGUCUGUUGCAGCAGUAGGCAUGAAUCCAGAUUUGCAUGAUGGACUUAAUUCAAGCCUUCCUUUAUCAUCUGGACUUUUCGGUGGUUUACAUCCAGAUAUAUCUGGUUUUGGUUCAAAUAAUCUAUUACCUCCAUCAUCAUCGUCUAUAUCAUCAACAUUUCCUAACCCAGGUUCUGUUUUACCACCAUCAAAAAGUUCAACACCUGUACCCAGUGUUAAUUCUUGUCCAAGUCGCCAACGUACGAAUUCUCGAUCUCCAGGUUUGCUUGAUGUACAUUCAAAUGCACCGCCAGAUGAGAAACGUCGUAAAACUGAAAGAGUAAGUUUGUUUCCUUUAACCUGUCAACAUUUUGGUUAGUAAUAACUUUUUUAGCAUAGUGAUACUGUACUGCGUGUUUUGUAUUCUAUCUUAUUUAUUAUAGUAAAUCUUCCAUAGAUUUAUCCAUUUCUUAUUGACAGUAAUUUAUGCAUUUCUUUUUUAAGCGUUAAUUAAUUAGACUUUUUACUGUAGUUAUUAAUUUCCAGUUUGGCACUUGAUGAUGUUUAUGAGUUACAGGGAGUUCUUAACGUGUAAAAUUUUACCGAUCACAUAAUAAUACAUUAUGCAAUCUGUUAAUAUUUUGCUUAAUGGUAAAGCUCAGGUAAAGAUAAUAUAUGUAAAUAUGACUGUUGAACGCAUGUAUUUCUACUGGUAGACUCAAGUUUUUGACAAAGUAAUGAAAAUGCUUACUUUUGGAACAUAUAAAUUCUUGUAUUCAAUUUUGUCGAAAUGUCAUUUUGACAACUAUAGAACUACCAUAGUAUAUUUUUUGUUUUUCAAUAUUCUUGAACUUGAAAACCCUUUCUGGAAACCUUACAAGUACGGUAAAGAAAUCUAUUCUUUAGGUUUUUUGUCUGUCACUAUUAUCUACAUAAAAAACCAAUUCACGUUUGUAUCAUAGCAUGUGUUAUAUAUACACUGACAUAGAAAUACACAUGUGUUAAUACUUUGCCUAUUUAUAUUAUUUGAUAAUCUGCAGUUUUGAAGUAUCUGUUUUGAUGUAAAUCACAUAUAUAUAAACAGUAAGUACUAUGUUCAUUUUCAAUUCUGUCGUUAGCCCACCUCCGGAGACAAAUGUAACGCGGUUGGUAAUAGUUCUUUGGAAGAAAACGGAUUGGUGAGUAAUUACUAUUGUAUCAUCCGUAUAAAAUAUAGAUAACUGGCUAGUAGCUCUAUUGUGAAUACACGAAGUUGGGUGGUAUGCUAAAUGAUAUAUGUAUAUAUAUAUAUAUAUAAUAGUGAUUUCAUUGAGUAACUUACGAUCAAGCCCCAAACGUGUAGGAUGAACGGCAUUGGAAUUGUGCAUAGAUCUUACCGACUAAUAAACAUUUACUAAUACUUAGUUUUUGUAGUUAAAUUUUCCCUGUUGGAUUCCCUAAAUGGCUUUCAAACUUAAUAAUUCAACUUUUACAUAUUUCACAUUACGAACUCAUUUUUGUUAAAUGACUAUUUGAAACCUGGAAGCACUGCACAGUUUUCUCAUCCUAGCAUGCGAUUCCUCAGUGAUGCACAUGCACACGACUACCAAAGAUCGAACCAAUUUUAGGUGUCAUGUCAUUUAAGAACAAUUCAGUGACUUCAUUCAGAGUUCUAGCCAUCACAAUAAAAUCAUUUUUAUGUUUUACUACUGGUCCACUUAGAAUUUAUAAAAGUUAGUAUUCAAAAGCAUAUUGCAUGUUAUGUGUUUCGAAGCUGAUAGAAUAACUCAGGUUUAUGUAAAAUAUGUGGUCAAAUGUUCACUAUUUAUGCAUUUACGUUCAAUCAUUAUGAUGACUUUUCCUCUGAUUAGUUGUAGUUGUAUAUUGACUAAAUUAGCAACAUUUUUUUAUAAAUCGUAAAUUCUUACUACUUCUGCUAUUAUAAAUAUUCAUUAUCAUUUAUUAUUUUUCUACACAGGUUCGUGUUAAAAGCUCAAAUUCUUCCGGUCGACGUACUCCAUCAACAAAGCAUAAUGGUAAUAAUAGUAGCAGUAAUGGUGGACCGAAUUCUUCUGUUUACAAAAACCAUUCUUCUGGUAACGGCAUAACUCUAUCACAUCCUGAGAGUAAUAAUCACAAUCAUAAUACCACCACGAAUAACAAUACACAACGAGAUCAUUCAGUUGAAUUAGAUCAUAAAGAAUUUGAUGAAAACCCACCGCCACUUUUGAGUGGUGGUUCUGGUAGUGGUACACCAAGUUGUACUACAUCACCACAAAAUCAACAAUCGCAUACAACUUGCACUGAUCCCCCACCUCCUCCUGCUCCUCCUUCGACUGGGACAUUUCAUAAUAAACAACAUACUACUACAUCCAAUGUUAAAUCAUCGUUAUCACCUGUAGUUGCUAGCACUACAAACGUAUCGAAUUCAUGCAGAAUAGGUUCAAUUUCAUCUUUGGCAGGAGGUAAGAUGAUAAUGAUGCUGAUCGACCAUCAGAUGGUUCUAUGAUUAGUUCAUUUAAUAUUUUGUGCUUUUUAUGUGUGCAUGAGGAGAUUGCAAACUUUUUUUUUUCGGUUCUAUCGUAAAAAUAAAUUAACCACAUAAACAUUACGUUCAACUUAUACUAUUCCCUUAGUAUGUAAAAUCGUUGGAAACCACUAUAUAUAUAUAAGCUCCAACUGUCGCGAGAAUUGAAAACAAGCUCUCUAACAUAAAAAUUAUUGAGACUAAUAGCAAUUUAUGUAGUCAAUCUAUCCGCAUCUUUUUUCUUUGUUUUUCUAUAUCUCUUUUUGGUCCUACCCACACCCAAUAAUAUGUACAUACAUGAAUUUAUGUAUGAAAAAGAUAAUGUAUAUCUUUUGUUUGCUUGUGUGUGUCAACUCACAUAUACACACCUAUACGAAUGUUUGUUCGCUUAUGUAUGCAGUUCCUCUGAACACACAUUCCAUGUAAAAGCUUAUAUAUAGACCUUUCGUUUUAGGGUUUAUCACUUUACACAUAAUAACAAAAGUAGCCUAUUUUCUUCUUCCUGUUCAUUCAUCCACCCACCCCACUGUGUUAACAUGCCAUUUGGUUUGUGAGGUGUGUACAUACCGUAAAUUUGCCUUAUUGCUCUCAUUCUCUCUCUGUCUUCCUAACAAAUACAAUUCAUCUUUGUUUUUUUAUUUUCCUUGUCUUGUCCCCACCAUCAUUUUCCUUUAUCGAUUAGACAUAUGUCUCACCACCCUUCAGUUUUAUGUCGUACACCACCAUCACCGUCACCACUAUCUUGUAUAUAUUAUAAGUCCCAUCCGACUCAGCAUGCCUUUAUUCUAUAUAUCACAUCAGUACUAGCAGCGAUAACAACAAAAACAACACAAUUCUAAUUGCGCCUUCACCUCACCUCUCUCUCCACUCUUAUGUCGUUGUAGCCUGGGUCAGUAACUGGAACAAAAUAGUAUUGGGGUGGUAGUUGUUAUGUUAGCUUUCAUGACCUAGUUGGGAUGGCAAUAAUAAAUAAUAUGAUGUAGAAGUAGAGGAGGUAGGUGGUGGUAUUGGGGGAAAUUGAAGCUAUCAUUUAGUCGGCUAGUUUCAUUUAUAAUAUUGCUUGAUCAGCUGUUCUGAUAUACUACUGAAGUGGGUGUGGGACGGUUUUCUUUUUCAAUAAUGAUAAUAAUAAUAAUAAUAAUAAUAAUAAUAAUGGCAAUAAUAAUAGUAUUAGUAUUAUGUGUCUAAUGCGCUGUUAUGUGCAGUAUAUAUUUAUGUUUUAGUUUUGUUUUUUACAACAGUUUUAUAGAUCGUCAUUGUUAAGAAUAUAUAAAGUUAACCAUGUAUAUUUCUAUAACCUUUUCAGUAAAUGAAAUUAGUUUUUAUGCUAAUCUUUUGCUAUAUUAAAUCAUCUAAUCAAUCAAUUGCUUUCAAGUGUGGAUAAUCAUCCUUAUUUGAGGAUCGGGAUCUAUUCGUUUUUAAACAUUAUUCAAGAAGCGAGUAUGAAUUAUCUUGAAGGUAUUAGUCCCUUUGUUAAGUUUCGACAGUGCAAUGAGAAGAUUGUCAUCUUCGUUAUAAUUCAUUUGAAUAUGACAAAGUGCAUCGAUUCAAGGAGCUAAAAGUUGAUGACUGCCUUGAAUAAGAUCAUAACAUUAAAUUAAUUGUCAUUUGAAUAUUGUCGAAGAAUAUCGAUACAUGGCUUCAUACAUUAUUUUGCAUAUUGACAUGAUCGAUAUUUUUCAAUUGUUCCACGGAAAUAUGAACGAUAAGUUACAGUAAUACAUACCUCUGAAUAUGAGGUUAUAUAUGUAUAUCGAAGUAUAGUUUCUUCUUUUACAUUCCUUUAGGUGAAUUAUCAGUACCUAGUCCUUUAUCUUCAAUGGGUGCUGGUGGUGGUGUCAAUCUACCUGGUGUCGGUGCUGUUUCUCUUUCUCCGCCCCAUCUUACUUCUGACGCAUUAACACCAAAUCCUGAUGGCCAUUCAGUUUCGUCUACACAACAAAAUCCCCCUUCAGUACCACUAUCAACAACAACAACAUCGUCGUCAUCGACGAUGAUGUUUGAUACAAAUUUUGGCAGUUCUGGAAUGAGUGGGAUUUCGAAUAUUGGCAGACCACCAUAUUCAUUUCUUCGUUUGGAUAACCAAUCACCAACUCCUGUACCAUUCACUCCAGAUGCUUUCUUUGGUCCAGGUAUUCCACAUCAAGCAAAAGCGAUACAUUGUUUGGAUCACGGAGAGGUUGUCUGUGCUGUUACAAUUAACAAUGCUACACAUCAGAUUUAUACUGGAGGUAAAGGCACUGUUAAACUAUGGGAUUUAAAUUCAACUACAUCUAAUCAAUCUCCGAAUUGCGGUGGAAGUUCAGGUCAAUCAAUCAUCACUAAUAAAACGUGUAUAACAAGCCUCGAGUGUUUACAAAGAGAUAAAUACAUACGAUCGAUUAAAUUAACCCAAGAUGGAAGAACAUUAGUGGUGGGUGGUGAAUCUAGUAUAUUAAGUAUAUGGGAUUUGGGUCAAGCUAGUCCUCAUCCAAAAAGUGAACUUACAUUUACAGCUCCAGCAUGUUAUGCUUUGGCUGUAUCGCCUGAUAGUAAAUUAUGCUUCAGCUGCUGUUCAAAUGGAAAUAUUGGUGUUUGGGAUAUACAUAACCGUAUUUUAGUUCGUCAAUAUCAAGGGCAUGCUGAAGGGGCAUCUUGUGUCGAUAUCCGUCCAGAUGGAACACGCUUGUGGAGUGGAGGCUUAGAUAAAACUGUACGUUGUUGGGACUUACGGGAGCAUUGCCAAAUAAGUCAAGUUGAUUUGUCAGCUCAAAUAUUUUCCCUUGGUUAUUGUCCAACGGGAGAUUGGUUAGCUGUUGGAUUGGAAACAGAUCAAGUUGAAGUGUUCGGUCCUGGUCGUCCAGAACGUUAUCAACUAUCGCUGCAUGAAAGUUGUGUUUUGUCUCUUAAAUUUGCUCACAGUGGCUUGUGGUUUGCUUCCACUGGUAAAGACCAUUGUCUAUACGCUUGGAGAACUCCUUAUGGUGCUAACCUCUUUCAGGUAAGUUCUAUUUUCAGUAUAAAUUUCCAACCUAUUUAUAAAACUACGUUGAGAAAAUAUCUAAUACAAUGAGUUUUAGAGUCCUAAAAGUGGUAUAAUUUUAACGUUUGUUCGCCAUAUAAUGCAAAACGAGCCAUACUGACUAGUUUUUAGUGUGUUACUAUUGUUUAACCCAUUUAGUAAUUUUUUUUCUACCCGUUGGUCUCUCAUGUCAAUUUGAAUUCAAUUAUAUUUGGGUAGUACUUUGACGUUUCCAUAGUUUACUGGUUUGCUAUAAAUAUUGGUGGUUCUAAUCCUUUUAUAUCAUUUUAAGUCCUUUAUGUUUUCAUAGGAGAAUUUGAUUUACCAAAGAUUUCUGUUGACCUAGUGAGUUAGUCCACUUGUAGACAUUUAACAGGCUUUUUUUAGAUUCAAUUUCGUAUUUUCAGUCUAGUUAGCUGGAUUUAUCUACUAUUUUGAUAAAAUUCAACUUCUGGUAGUCGAUUAUUUACAACUUGUGCAACUCAGCCUUAUUGUUUAUUAGCUUUGAUUUUAAAAGCUCAUUUUCACAUCUUAUUCUUGAGUACUGACCUAAAUGAAACACUGGUAAAAAUUCUUUAACUAUUGCUCUCGAAUGUCUGAUAGAUAUGUGUGAUUUGUUAGUCCUAGAACGGUGAAUAUACUAAUUUACGAAGAUUGGUUCCGUUGAACAGGAAGGGACAGUUAAUAAAUUAUUUAUUCUUGAGCGUUAGAACUUUUAUAGAUGACACUAUUGAAGAAGAAUCGAUCAAAAUCAAACAAAAAUACUCAGAGACAAUGGCUUUUCUCACGGGUUCAUACUGUAAAUAAAGCAUAUUUCUAUGCAUAACAUAUUUUAACCUAAAAGCUAUGUUCUGUUUUCCUUUUCUUCGAUCCAUCAUGUUCAAUAUAAGGGAGUUUUCUCUUGUUUUAUCCCAGAAUGGUACUUAAUCUAGUUCUAAUUUAGUAAGUUGAAGGCGAUUAAAGAUUAUGCCUGCUUAUUUCUUAUUCUCUAUGUGUUAUAAUAGGAAUUAUGCGAAUAAUUAGUAAUGAUAUACCAUUAAACUACCAUUAUAUCGUUUAAAUACCUUUUUAUACUUCAUUUACACUGUUCAAUUGUCAGAAUUGUUAGUAGUAGUAAUGGUGGUAGUGGUAGUGUUAUUACUUAAAUGGCAUUCCUAAUUGUACAGUAAUUAUAGCAUUUUGAAUUUUUCCAUUUUUUACUGAUUAUUUCACUAUGUUCUCUUUUUUCUUGCAUUAUUGUUAUUAUUACAUAUAGGUCAAAGAAAACUCAUCUGUGUUGAGUUGCGACAUAUCACUAGAUGACAAACUCCUAGUCACUGGGUCUGGUGAUCGUAAAGCUACUGUCUAUGAAAUAAUUUACUAAUUCUAUCUAUGCGCUAGUUGCUUUUCGUUUUUCCUAUGUUGCUUUUUAUGUCCUACUUACUGGUGCUAGUGCGUGUAUGUAUAUUUAUAUGUGCUAUUCUGUGUAUGGCGCUAAUGGUAACAGAACACUGACACACACGCACACAUUAAAUAAUAGCAUUAGUAGUUCAAAAAACCAUACAACAACAAUAACAACAAACGAGUCAGUAUUUUCUAGUCAAUCAAACGUAAACGUUAAUAUUCAUAUACAUAUAUUAUACUGUUUUAUGUCAUAUCACAUUGAUGUUGUUUUUGACGCUACGAAGAAAAAAUAAUCAUAAUUUACGAAGUCAAUAUCGUUUCUACUUGCAAUUUGUUCUCCUUUCAAUACAUACAUUUGCUUACCUAUCUACCACCCUUCAAAAUCACUUUUCUCGUGCAUUUUAUAUCACUUUCUCUCCUGACUCUCAUCUCGAUUGUGUAUUAUAUCUUUGUUUUUGUUCCGUUUUUUGUCUGUGCUGUUCAGAAUUUUGGUAAGAAAGCAAGCAAAUCGACAUACGUCUCCACAUCAAUAUGCACAUUACUCUCUUGAUGUGAUCAUUCAAAGCUUUUUUUUCUGUUAACUAGCAAAUUAUUCUACGUUGUAUAAAACUACACUAUUUAUUAUUAUCAUUAUUAUUAUGUAGCGUACAUACACAUAUUACCAGGAAAAUUGACCGGCAAGAACGAACAACAAACAACCAAAGUUGUUUCUUUGUUACUUUUCCUUCUUUCCCCAUUUUCCUUUCUUUCCUUUUGUGUCAUUGUUAUAAUUUUUUCUCAGGUUCAUGUAUCCAACUUGUUUUUAUCGCCUAUGUUGCAUUGACUUGGAGAGAGAUAAUGAAUGGGAUACACGUUAGUUCGAAAUUUGUGUAACUUUUUGAUUCAAGUUUGUUGUUUUGUUCUUACUUGUCAUUACUUUUCUUAACUGUGUUGUAAUGCUGUUAUCGUCGCCAUCCCCUCUACCGCUACUGUUUAGUUGUACUUUGUGAAUAUAUAUAUACAUACACUCACUGAUAGUGUUUGUUUAAUAGCGUUAUACUUUUAUCACCGUCUUUGCUUUUUUUGCUAUUUCUUUUUCAAUCUUCCAGUUAAAAUUCUAAAAAAAUAAUCAGUUUUCCUGUUUCUUCCGUUUUGUUUUAAUAACGUUCCCUUAACUG